AGAAGUUCGACAGAAAGCAGAAGCAUGAGAAUUGAGAAACGCAACAUCCAAACAGGGCCUUAAGCUGCUGCUUUCUGGCUCCCUUGUCCGAGCAAGCGACCGAGCACGUAGAGAGAGAUCGGGGUGGAAACGCAGCCAUGGGAGACGGAGGUUCCGGCAACCGCGGCGGCAACAGCAACAACAGCGGCGGCGGAAGCAACAAGCCGGAGUGGCUCCAGCAAUACGAUCUCAUAGGGAAGAUCGGAGAAGGCACGUACGGACUCGUGUUCUUGGCGCGCAUAAAGUCCCAAACCAAUCGCGGCAAAUCCAUUGCCAUCAAGAAAUUCAAGCAGUCCAAAGAUGGCGACGGUGUUUCUCCCACCGCUAUUCGCGAAAUCAUGCUGCUGAGGGAGAUAACCCACGAGAAUGUUGUGAAGCUUGUAAAUGUACACAUCAAUCACGCGGACAUGUCUCUGUAUCUUGCUUUUGAUUACGCCGAGCACGACCUUUAUGAAAUAAUUAGACAUCAUAGGGACAAAGUCAACCAUUCCAUUAAUCAGUACACUGUUAAAUCAUUACUCUGGCAGUUGCUCAAUGGACUAAACUAUCUGCACAGUAAUUGGAUAAUACAUCGAGAUUUAAAGCCCUCAAAUAUACUGGUUAUGGGUGAAGGGGAGGAGCAUGGAGUUGUUAAAAUUGCUGACUUUGGACUUGCAAGGAUAUAUCAAGCCCCUUUGAAGCCAUUAUCUGAAAAUGGGGUUGUUGUAACCAUUUGGUAUCGUGCUCCUGAGUUGCUUCUUGGAGCAAAACAUUAUACUAGUGCUGUUGAUAUGUGGGCUGUGGGAUGCAUUUUUGCUGAGUUGUUGACCCUGAAGCCACUAUUUCAAGGUGUAGAAGUCAAAGCUACCCCAAAUCCCUUUCAGCUCGAUCAACUUGACAAGAUAUUCAAGGUUUUAGGCCAUCCCACAUUAGAAAAGUGGCCUUCCUUAGCAAAUCUCCCCCAUUGGCAACAAGAUGUUCAACAUAUACAAGGGCAUAAAUAUGAUAACAACAGUCUCUAUAAUGUUGUUCACCUAUCUCCAAAAAGUCCUGCAUUUGACCUUUUGUCAAAGAUGCUUGAAUAUGAUCCUCGAAAGCGUAUUACAGCAGCACAAGCUUUGGAACAUGAGUAUUUCAAAAUUGAACCACAGCCUGGGCGGAAUGCCCUUGUACCCUGCCAACCGGGAGAGACAUUUGUGAAUUAUCCCACUCGUCCAGUGGACACAACAACCGAUUUUGAAGGGACAACCAAUAUGCAACCUCCACAGCCGAGUCAGGUUACAUCGGGAGCUGCAGUUUCUGGCAGUAUGCCUGGUGGUCAUGUGUCAAAUAGAUCUGUUCCUCGACCAAUGAAUGUUGUUGGGAUGCAAAGAAUGCCUCAUCAGGCAAUGCAAGCUUAUAAUCUUACAUCUCAGGCAGGGAUGGGUGGUGGAAUGAACCCUGGUGGCAUGCCGAUGCAGCGAGGUGUACCACAGCCGCAUCAGCAACAGCAGUUGAGGAGAAGAGACCAAAUGGGGAUGCCAGGAUACCCUCAACAAAAGUCAAGACGUAUAUAAGCAUCCUUGGACCUGUUGGCAUAGCCAAGAAGACUCCUAUAUUCGGAAUAAGCCGAUCUCCUGCUUCUUGUGGUUAGCCUGUGCUGGUAGAGAUCAAGUGAAGUAGAUUCAGAGGGUUGUCAAUACCAGAGAAACUUCAAACUUGAGCUCAAUCAGGACAAUUUAUGAACCCAAACUUCAGAUGAUUUGCUUUCAUGCAUGUGGAAGUUUGCUGCAACAGCGAGCACAAGAAUCUGGAUGCUAGAACACUAAAUCAUUCUGCUGGAGCCCCUGCAAGGGAAAUGAUUUAUCUAAGGGAGGCACAUGUAUGUUACACGUAUAAGUUGUAUCUGUAGAAUUUUCUUGCAUUUACGAGCUUUUAGGCAAGAUCAAUGUUAGACUUGUAAGGUUUCCACCAACUGACCAACCUUAUAUUUUGUAUCCAUGCCUGUAUAAAGUGGAUGUAGUAGUAGUGUAGAUUGUUGCAUCAAUUGAAAAUACUACUGUUUUUUUUUUUUCAA